ACUCCAUCACCCGUCAGGCUUUCAAUAAAGAAUAGAGCAGCCAUGGAAACCACCACUAACUGAGUAUAACAGCGCUUUCCAAACUGCCACUGCGCUGCAAGAAUGUGACAAAAAUCAGCAGCUACCUGAACUGGAAGCAGAUUUACAGGGAAAAAACGUGAAAUGCUUGAGUCUCAACAGUAACUCAAAAAUGACCACUCAUGUGAAGGCAUUCGCAAAGCGGCAGAAACCAUCUAUACGAGUCCCAUUCAGUCAUCGACAUAGAGUAGAUUUACUGCUCCACAAAAAUGGUGAAAUGACAUCGAAACCCCCACAAGCUUUCCCGAUGCUGGGAGAACUUCCUUCAUUGGCAGGCUUGCUCCUCUACCCUGACAAGCGGGAAAAGAUGGUAACCACAACAGAAGCUGAAUUUGGACCAAAAAUCUGCCCAAAAAUGGAACCAAAAAAGAUCCAACAGUGCAACCUAACUCUUCAUGGCGAUAGGAGCUUCGUUACAUCAAACAGGGAGGAUUACCCUUCCUACAGCCCAGAUGGCGCUCCAGGAGUGUGCUAUGGAAAGUUUCCUGCCAGAGAAAACAAGACUGGCAAAGAGCAGAGAUGUUCUCUGUACCAGCAGGACUUUCCUGCACCCAAGAGAGUCUAUGUGAGGAGAAAUCAGGUCUUACCGCAUCCUGACAACCUUGCAAUUAACACUUCACUGAGAGCUGAAUACAGGACUGUACAGCAGGAGGCUUUUCCAGGCUGGGACGUGUGUGUGCACGCGCGUCCAGAACCUGCGCGAAUCAAAGACACUGCUGUCGCUGACGGAUGAAGACCAGAGAGUAUCAAGUGCAUUUAUAUGUAAAUAAUCUUUUUAAAAUGUCUUUAAAUCAUGUUUUUACAUUAGAAAGACUUGCUUUCAUGUAUUCCCACAUGUACAAACAUUAUAGUAAUUUAUAGCAAAUACUAGUACUUGAAUUAAUCUGUUUUGAGUAAUUAUAUAGUUGCUCUGAUACAAAAAAAAACAACAAAAAUCUAAUUAGCAGCUACUGAACUAAAUAUUCUAAAUUUAAAGUAUAUAGUACGACAAUUCAGGAAUUUGCUGUAGUAAAAUCGUUAUUAUGCAUUCAGCAGUUUAUCAGUUUACUAUAGUUAAAGCAAUGUUUUAGCAUUUAUUAACAAAAAGUUUUAAAUACUAUAAUACAUAUACUAUAAUACACCUAACUGUAGUAUGGGUAACACUACAUUUACUUUUUAAAUUACUGUAGUAUAUUUCCUCUAGUACGUUAGAGAUCAAGAAUUUUUUUUUUAUUUUACAAUAUAUGUAAAAAGUAUUCUUGCUUGUAUUUUAUAUCUUCAAUACUUUAUUCAACAAGGGUGUAUUCAAUUAAGUGACAGUAAAUAAAUGUCUUUUGUAAAAAAAAAAAAAAAAGUUUUCCAUUGAUUUCAAAUAUUCUAUUUUGCCAAAACUGGUUAAUUAACAGUGUUUACACUUGGCAUGUGCCAUUGCUCUUUUAGCACAAUUCAUUUGUGUAAGAGUGAACACUGAAAUCUAAACAUUGGUGUGUUCAGGAAAAAAAAAAAAAAAAAAAAAA